GUUUUCCUUUAAAUCCUGGAAUGAAGGGCCUUCUGCAUAUUACCGCAAAGUCUUUUCAGCUGUCAGCUGUGCACCAAACAUAAUGCACCCAGUGUUUUGCCAGACUUGUCAUUGGCCAUUAAGACUCACACCAAACUUUCUAAAUUAAAUUUCCAUCUGGAUCCUAUCAAUUUGAGUCAGUUUCCUCCCUCAUUUCAUACUAUUCUAAUCUGCAAUCGCUCUACAUGAUGCUAAGUGGCAUGGCAUUGGCAUACAUGUAUAAUUUAUUACUCUUCUUUGUUCAAAUCCUGAUACUAGUCCCCAGUUCUAGAGCUAAAGUUCCAGCCAUCAUAGUUUUCGGAGACUCCACUGUGGAUACGGGUAACAACAACUAUAUACCUACCAUUGCCAAGGGCAAUUUUCAGCCUUAUGGUCGUGAUUUUCCUGGAGGUUUUCCCACAGGACGCUUUUGCAACGGCCGCCUUCCGCCUGACUUCCUUUCUGAGUAUUUUGACCUCAAACCAACCAUACCUGCCUACUUGGAUCCUGCGUAUAACAUAUCAGAUUUUGCCACUGGAGUUUGCUUUGCUUCAGCAGCAACUGGUUAUGACAAUGCCACUGCUGAUAUUUUACAAGUGAUCCCUUUAUGGAAGGAAGUAGAGAAUUUCAGGGACUACAAAAAGAGAUUGAGUGAUUAUCUUGGUAUUGAGAAGGCAAACGAAAUAUUAAGGGAGGCUAUAUAUAUAGUGAGCAUAGGAACAAACGACUUCAUAGAAAACUAUUACCCAAUGCAAAUGCGGCGUUCUCAAUUCACUGUCUAAGAAUACCAGGAUUUCCUUAUCGGAAUUGCAGAAAAUUUCUUCAACCAAAUUUAUCAUCUUGGCGCUCGAAAAAUAUCCUUAACUGGGCUGUCGCCAAUGGGGUGUCUACCAUCGGAGAGAACCGCAAACUUCCUGGAUCCUUUUAGUUGUAAUGAAGAAUACAAUAAUGUUGCUUUGGAGUUCAAUAGAAAGAUGAAGAAUUUUGUUGCGAAGCUGAACAGGGAGCUUCCUGGGAUCAGAGUUGUUUAUUCAGAAAUUUAUGACUUUAUUCUGGAAAUCAUAAUAAAACCUUCCAAAUUUGGAUUUGAAGUGGCAGAAAUUGGAUGUUGUGGCACAGGGACAUUUGAGGCUGGUUUUUUAUGCCAUCAAGAUAAUCCAUUUACGUGCACAGAUGCAGAUAAGUAUGUAUUUUGGGAUUCUGUUCAUCCCACAGAGAAGACAAACAAAAUAGUCUCUGAAUAUCUACUCAAGUAUCUCAAAUUAUUUCUUUAAUUCAGUCACUUCUCAAUUUCUAUAAACCAUUAAUAUAUGCAAAAAUGUUACUCGAUAAUAUGAUUAUAUUUCUUCAUAUAAAGCAAUGUUAUUAUUGGUGAAGGGAAUAAAAAAAUUGAGUUCGAAUCAGAUACAAUGUACAAUUAGAAGAUGUUAUAGAGAAGUAAAACCAUUAUACGUUACUGCUUAGAAGUUAGAAGACAAAAGUUAAAGUGCAAUUCAGGCUGGAAUCAUGAACACAUUAUUAGAAAGGAAGCUGUUGAAGAUGAUGAUAUCUUGCUGGAAAUGAUGAAGUCAACACACGGUGGGAGUUGAAAUGCUGCUGUGCGUGCAGAGCUUGUUUUUGGUCACUGUAUAAGAAAUAUUUCAGUGAUGUGUUUAGGUGAAUUGGGUUGAUAAAAUGAUGUAUUUUGAUAUGUUUGUACGUGCAUUAGUUGGUGUGUUUAGUUUAAAUUUUAAAUUUGCAGCUUUAGGUGGAACAGUGGCAUGUGCUUUGUAUAAAUCUACCCCUGUUUUUUUAAUGUAAAACA